AUGAUUAACGAAGCUAAAUUCGAAUUGUUAAGAUAAAUUGAUUAUUGGACAUAAGAUUUAUAAAAAUAUUAAAAAUAACAUGCAAAAGAAAUUGAAUUAUUUUAUUUAGAAAGAUUAGCUGUAAAAAGUAUAUCCAAAUUUAUUAGAUAACAAAUAUGAAUAUAUCAAAUAUGGAAUAAAUUAUUAGAAAAUAUGAACAAUUAAAAAUGGUUUAUUUAGAAAUCACAAAUAACCAUUCUUCAAAAUAUUCUGAUGAUACAUUCAAUACAUUAUAUAACAAAUACUGUAAUGAAAAGAAAAGUAAACAAACAGCAAGUUAAUAAAAGAAAUCAGUUAAUAUUAGCACUGUAUAAAAUAAGGGUUAAAAUUCAAAUUAGAAUGUGAACAAUAAUAAUACAACAAAAGAAUAAAAAUAAACAAAUUAAUAGACAAUCAUUUAACCAAGCCAAAUAGUUGAUGAAUACAUAGAUGAGAUUGAUUAUUAUACGGAUAAAAUAACACAUAUGCAACAUAAAAUAGAAUAGCAUUCACAUGUAGAACUCUAAGGCUAACUACAAUAAUUGUAAUUAGAACAAGAGAGUUUGUUAUCCGAUUAUAAUGCAAUUAUAGAAGAGAAUUAUAGACUAAAAACAGAGAUCUAAGACAAUCAACAAAGAGUAAAUGAAUUGAGAGAAUUAUAAUUAUAAUUGAUUGAUGAAUUCAAAUAAUUUAAUUGA